ACAACAUCUGCCAUAUUGCUUCCGGUUAUAGAACGAAAUAAUAAUUUGCUUCAAUAAACGUCAAUUUAUGGUGAAUCUAAAUGUUUAACUUCAAUAAAAGGGAGUAAAUAUCUAAUCUGAAUCAUCAUGUCGUUGGAAGAUCCGUUCUUUGUUGUGAAGGAAGAGGUCCAAAAGGCACUCCAGACAGCAAAGACACUGUAUCAACGAUGGAGUGAAAUUGUAGACGACAAAAGUGGAAUGUCAAAGGAAGAGCUUGAUUGGACAGCUAAUGAGUUACGGAAUAGUCUUCGCAGUAUUGAAUGGGACCUAGAAGACUUAGAUGAAACCAUAGGUAUUGUAGAAAAAAAUCCAAAGAAGUUUAAAAUAGAUCAGAUGGAGUUAAGGGAAAGAAAAGCAUUUGUACAUAGGACAAAAAUCAGUGUCAAGGAUAUGAAAGAUGAUCUUGCCAAUCCAAAAAGAAGAAUACGUGAAGAUAAAAAUACAAAAACUGCACUUUUACAAAAUGGUCCUAGUCGUCCACAGGACAAAUACACUCGCCUUGAUAAUGACAUUUCAAACUCCAAUUCUCGGUUUAUAGAAGACACGCAGCAGCAGCAACAGAUGCUGAUUCGAUCUCAGGAUGAUCAAAUAGAUCAGAUGGGGGCAAGUGUUACAGUUUUAAAGAAUGUCAGCCACCAUAUAGGAAAUGAACUAGAUGACCAAGCAUUAAUGUUAGAUGAUUUCUCACAUGAAAUGGACAAUACAGAUUCACGUAUGGACAGUGUCAUGAAAAAGAUGGCCAAAGUAUUACACAUGUCAAAUGAUAGGAGGCAGUGGUGUGCAAUAGGUGUGUUAGUGGUAAUCAUGAUCAUCGUCAUCCUGCUGUUUAUAUUGUUAUAGCACAUGGUAGAACCCAACAGCACGCACAUAUGAACGCAACAUGACUCCUGACACCUUUCGUACAUAAUGAAUAAUUGUAAUGUGUCAUAUUUCUAUAGAACCUUUACAACUCCAUGACUUAAAGGUUACAUUACAUUUGGAAAUCUACAUGGAAUUAUAAAUCCGAAAGAGCAGUUGAUCUCAAAGUAGCAUCCUGAAAAAGUAACAGAAUUCUCUUCAUUUGAAAGACAUAUUACCAUAUUUUAGUAUACCGUUCAGAUCAAUGUUGGCAACAGGAUACCAUAAUGUUGGAAAUACAGAUGUCAAAUUAUAUGAGCCAAAAGGAGCAAGUACCAUAUGCAAUAUCAUUAAGGACAAUAUAACUUUGUCAACAUCUUUAAACAGAAUGAGAUUAUGUUUAGAAUU